AUGAAUGGCACAAGGACUGAGAUUGCAAAUAGCAAUGUAGAAUCUACUGAUAUGAGAGUUUCUGAAGCUACUAUAAUGGGUGAGAGAGAGAUUUUAAGGUGGACUACAACAUUAGAUGAAGUUAUAGUGUAUCCUAUUCCAACAGCACUUUACCUUGUCAAAAGUUUGCUUCAGUAUUACAUCUUUGCAUAUGUAGACGCUCCAGGCUAUCAGAUAUUACAGAACUUCAAUAUCAUCAGUACAGGUGUCCUAUACAGAAUUAUACUUAAGAAAAAGGGCUCAUCUAGGGCACCAAGAUCAAUCAAGAACAGGAUAGUAUCCUCAGAUUCAAAAAACAAAGUCAAUGGAAAAGCUGUUAUGAAAUCAAGAUAUGUAUCCACUGCUACUGAAUGCAUGACUAGUCUUUUAACUGGAAGUCAAUUACCCUUGUCUUUGCAUAAGGCUGACCUUCAACAACAUGCUCUUUGA